CGUGGCGGCUCUCGCCUGGGUGGCCUCCCGGCUAGAUUUCUCCCGACUCAGCUUCUCCUCUUUGGGCAUUCCAAGCGGCUGCCGGCCGCUGCCCUCGCCGCUGCAGCCAUGAUCUCCUUAACGGACACCCAGAAAAUUGGAAUGGGAUUAACAGGAUUUGGAGUGUUUUUCCUGUUCUUUGGAAUGAUUCUCUUUUUUGACAAAGCACUACUGGCUAUUGGAAAUGUUUUGUUUGUGGCUGGUUUGGCUUUUGUAAUUGGUUUAGAAAGAACAUUCAGAUUUUUCUUCCAAAAACAUAAAAUGAAAGCCACUGGAUUUUUCCUGGGUGGUGUGUUUGUGGUCCUCAUCGGUUGGCCUUUGAUAGGAAUGAUCUUCGAAAUCUAUGGAUUCUUUCUCUUGUUCAGGGGCUUCUUUCCUGUGGUGGUCGGCUUCAUCAGAAGAGUGCCAGUGCUGGGGUCCCUCCUAAACCUGCCUGGAAUCAGAUCAUUCGUAGAUAAAGUUGGAGAAAGCAACAAUAUGGUAUAACAACGAAUGAAUUUGAAGACUCAUUUAAAAUAUUGUAUUAUUUAUAAAGUCCUUUGAAGAAUAUUCAGCACAAAAUUAAUUUACAUGAAAUAGCUCAUGUUGUUCUUUACAGAAGUUUAAAAAAAAAAAAAGCGUAGCCUACAAAGUACCGACAGCAAGCAGCAAAGAAGCAGUGAAAACAGGCUUCUGAUCAAGGGUUCUGGAAUCCGGGCUCUGCCUGCGGGAGAGGAGGGCCGUGCUGAGAUGGGUCUGGGGACUCCAGAAGGCCGCCCUCAGUGUCUGUCCGCCGUGCACGAAACACAGCCAUCCCCAGAAACUGCGGUGCCACUCCUUUCCUGCCUUCCUUUCUGUUUCUCCAUAUAUAUAUAUAUAUAUAUUUUUUUUUUUUUUUGCAAGUUCCACAGCACCCAUAGGCAUUUGCUUUUUCUAAAUGUUCACUGCGGUGGCAAAGGUAUUUCCAGUGCACUGUAACUCUGAAAGCAUUGCAUGAGUUAGAUUGGAUUAUGUCCUUUUGAUGUAUUAGAGCCAAGGAAACCCCAAUUUUUGAUGUAUGAAUCAUUUUUUAAAAACAUGUGGCUAAAAUAAAAGUUUUGUAGUCUUUCUGAAUCUUAA